AUGGAGUAUAUCGAACGUGAUCGUUUGGCAGGCCAUAAAAGACUUUAUCUUGACUACUUUGCCGACACACUAGUAUAUCCUCCUAAUUUAUUUCGGAGGAGAUUUCGGAUGAGUCGGUCUCUUUUUCAUCGUAUUCAAUCUAAGGUAGAAACUUAUGAAUCUUAUUUUAUCCAAAAAAGAGAUAAUGCCCAAAAAUGGGGUUUAUCUUCUCUUCAAAAGAUAACAGCUGCACUUAGGAUGCUUGCAUAUGGAGUUACAGCUGAUUUUAUGGAUGAGUAUGUGCGGAUUGGAGAAUCCACUGCAAUGAAAAGUUUGAAAAAAUUUGUUAAAGCGGUGGUUGAUAUUUUCUUCAAGGAAUACUUGAGGUCCCCAAACAACGAAGACAUUGCUAGACUUUUAGCCAUUGGGGAAAGACGUGGAUUUCCAGGACAAGGAUGUGCUCCUGCAGUUAAUUACUCAAUUAAUGGUCAUGAGUAUACAAUGGAAUACUACCUUGCUGAUGGCAUAUAUCCGAAGUGGUCAACAUUUGUUAAAACAAUUCCAUCUCCACGAGGACAAAAAAAUCAAUUCUUUGCAAAAGCCCAAGAGGCUUAUAGGAAGGAUGUAGAGCGUGCAUUUGGAGUGCUUCAAGCAAGAUUCGUAAUUGUGCGUGGACUUGCAAGAUUUUUCCAUAGUAAAGCGCUUCAAGACAUCAUGAAAGCGUGUGUAAUUCUUCAUAACAUGAUCGUUGAGGAUGAGCGAGAUGUAAAUAAAGCGGUGGAAUUAGAUUAUGAGCAAAUUGAUGACAAUCCUACUAUUCAACUGUCACAGGAGCACACAAAUACAUUUACGGAGUUCAUUGAAACCCAUCAAAGUACCAACACUUGGGAUAGAUUUGAACUUCGUAUCUACAAGCGUGUUAUUGACCUGUUUAGCUCCCCAGAUGUUGUUAAGCAGAUUACCUCCAUUACGAUUGAGCUUGGUGUGGAGGUGGAAGAAGUCAAGAAGCUACUGGCAUCUGGGUUCAUUAAGCCAAUCUGGCAUCCUAAAUGGCUCUCCAACAUAGUACCCAUGAAGAAAAAGAAUGGCCAAAUUCAGUGUUGUGUGGAUUUUCACAAUCUAAACAAGACAUGUCCAAAAGAUGAGUUUCCACUACCUAAUAUUGAUCUCCUUGUAGAUUCAGCUGUCCAUGUUUUCAAUUAUGGAUGGAUAUAG